GUUAAAACAAACAAGUAAAAAAUUAAGGGAGAAGAAGAAACGUGGAAUGUUGUGGAGAGAGAGUGGUGUUUAUUUUCAGUAACCACUUUCAUCUUCCCUUAACAAUUUAGGAUUUUGUUGAAUGCAUUCCCAAAUCAUAAUAACCAACUACAAUGGGCGAGAAGAACAAGGAUGCUUCCAAUGAUAACAAGAAGAAGAAGGAGAAGGAAGAAACCACUCCCGCUACCACACUCAUCUUCAACAUCGACAUGCACUGCGACGGUUGCACUAACAAAAUAACUCGAUGCCUUCGCCGCUUUCAAGCAUUGAAAUUGAACGUUGUUGUUAACGGGGUGGAGAGUGUGAAGGAAGAAACCGGCGUUGGCAAGUUCUUAGUUGACGCUUCCAAAUUGAGAGACAAACUCACCAACAAGAAUAAGAAAAACGUCGAUCUCAGCUCUUCUGCCACCAACUCCAACACCAACAAAGACAGCAACAAGAAACCCAAGGAAAAAGAGGCUCCAGUGACAACAGUGGUGUUGAAGGUGGCAUUACAUUGCCAAGGCUGCAUUGAGAGGAUUCAGAACACCAUCUUCAAGAUCAAAGGUGUUAAUGACGUGGCUAUAGACAAGGAGAAGGAAACUGUGACGGUGAAGGGAACAAUGGACGCCAAAGCUCUGGUGGGGAGCUUGACCAACAGACUCAAGAGGAAGGUCGAAGUUGUCCCUCCUAAGAAGGACAAUAAGGAUGCUGACAAAGCUAAAGCUAAAGAGAAAGAGAAAGACAAAGACAAAGGCAAAGAAAAAGAAGGAAUUGUAGCUGGUGGAAAGAACAAGAAAAAGAGUGGUGGUGAUGGUGAUGGGGAGGGAAAAUUGAAGCAGAACAAAAUGGAGUCCCCAACAUUGAUGCCAUAUAAUGGUGGUUAUGGCUAUGACUACAACUAUGGGUCAUUUUACAUGGGACAAGUCCAUGCACCACAGAUCUUCAGUGAAGAAAAUCCAAAUGCUUGUUCUAUUAUAAUUUUAAUGAAAAAGAGACAUGUGCAGUAG